GCCUGGUCACACACUCAUCUUUCAUCUCGAUCCAUUCUGAAUUUUCCGAUCAGCACCAACUCUAUUUCAAUCCGAAAUUGUUACCCUCUAAUCGGCGGUGCAAGAUUCGUACCUUAAAUUCCCUCGCUGCUAAACCUGUAAUCACAGUUCGAAUCUCUGUUGUGUGACUUUGCCGAGCUGGGUUUUCCGGGGAUGGGAAUGUUUGAUGGAUUACCUAUCUCCCAAGAUAAGGCGCACUUAAAAGAUGACCUUCUGGAUAUAGCUGAAAGUUGGACUGCAGCUCGUUUUGAUUCACUGCCACAUGUGGUAAAGAUUUUGACAGCAAAAGAUCGUGAAGGUGAACUUCGGAUAUUGAAGGAACAAAGUGAUAUUGUUGAAGAUGUUGUUGAUGAAGUGGUACAUGCUUAUCAUAAUGGGUUCAACAAAGCAAUCCAGAAUUACUCCCAGAUUUUGCGACUGUUUAGUGAAUCUACGGAACGGAUUGAUGGACUAAAAGGUGACUUGGCGGAUGCAAAGAAGCUUCUUGGUGCUAGGAACAAGCAAUUGCACCAAUUAUGGUACCGAUCAGUUACACUGCGUCACAUAAUCUCUCUAUUGGACCAAAUUGAGAGCAUUGCAAAGGUUCCUGCCCGUAUUGAGAAACUAAUUGCCGAGAAACAAUUUUAUGCUGCCGUUCAGUUGCAUCUUCAAUCAAGUUUGAUGCUUGAAAGGGAGGGGCUUCAAACGGUUGGUGCACUUCAAGAUGUUAGGUCCGAUUUGACAAAGUUGCGAGGAGUUCUUUUCUACAAAGUUUUGGAGGAUUUGAAUGCACAUCUAUACAAUAGGGGUGAAUAUAGCUUGGCUAUCUCAGGUCUAAAUGAUAAGGAUGACGAAUUGCCCACAACUAGUGUUGCUUCCUUGUCGAUUAAUAGUUCGCAACCCCUAUCUCGAAGAACCAGGUCGAUGAAAGGUGAUAACCAGAGUGGUCAUUAUGGAACAGGAGAUGGAUUUCUUAGGCCUAAUUCCAUUGAUGAAGGCUCAUCAGUUGAUGGUCAUGAAGAUGAUGGUGCUCAGGAGACCCAUGAUGAAUCUGCGAAUGGUGGUGAUGGUAAUUCAAAGGAUAUAAAGAUGGCAUCUCGUCAAGUCCCCACAUGGCUUUGCGACUCCACUCCUGAUGAAUUUAUUGAAGCAAUUAGAAAAAGUGACGCACCUCCACAUGUGAAGUAUUUGCAGACCAUGGUUGAGUGUCUCUACAUGCUUGGAAAGGUGGCAGCUGCUGGGGCUAUCAUAUGCCAAAGAUUGCGACCCACCAUUCACGAUAUUAUCAUUUCCAAGAUUAAAGCAUAUGCUGAUCAUUUUACUUGUUCAAGACCUGUUAUGGGUCAAGUCAGCGAAACCUCUAUGGCAGGCCUGCAUUAUUUCAGAGGACAGCUGGAAAACUAUCAGUUGCCUAAACAGAAGAGGCAGAAUGUGUUUUCUUUAUCCGGAAUAAUAAUAGCUGUUAGUCCUGUCUCACCAGUGAUGGCUCCCAAUGGAACAUCUCAGGCUUCUGCUAAAGAGCUUCUUGAUUCCAUCUUGGAGAUCAUUGUUAGAAUAUUUGGGAAUCAUGUCAUUGUGGGUGAGCUUUUGGAAUCAAAAAUUUCACAUACUAACAAUAUUGCACCUAAGGCCGCAGAAAUUAAUUGGAAUCCAGACAAUGAAUCCUCUCAUGGAACUGGUGGCUAUAGUAUUGGAUUUUCCUUGGCAGUUUUACAGAGUGAAUGUCAACAACUGAUAUGUGAGAUUCUACGAGCCACUCCUGAAGCUGCUUCAGCAGAUGCUGCUGUGCAAACAGCUAGACUUGCAAAUAAAGUUCCUUCAAAAGAUAAGAAGGAUGGCUCAGAAGAUGGUCUUACAUUUGCUUUUCGACUAAUGGAUACAACUAUAUCAAUUCCUAAUCAAGGGGCUGAACUUAUCCGACAAGGAUGGAACAGAAAAGGUUCUAAUAUGCUCCAAGAAGGCUAUGGAACUGCAGUGGUUUUAUCUGAGCAAGGAAUGUAUUUAGCAGCAUCAAUAUAUCGACCAGUCCUUCAGUUCACUGAUAAGGUUGCUUCAAUGCUACCUCAGAAGUACUCACAACUUGGGAAUGAUGGGUUGCUAGCAUUUGUAGAGAACUUUGUGAAAGACCAUUUCUUACCUACAAUGUUCGUGGACUAUCGCAAAGGCGUGCAACAAGCUAUAUCAAGUCCAGCUGCAUUUAGGCCACGAGCCAAUGUGGCUACUGGAUACACUCCAUCCAUUGAGAAGGGGCGACCUGUUUUACAAGGACUUUUGGCUAUAGAUUUUUUGGCAAGAGAGGUAAUUGGCUGGGCUCAAGCGAUGCCGAAAUUUGCAGGAGAAAUUGUGACAUUUGUGCAAUCAUUUCUUGAACGGACAUACGAAAGAUGCCGUGCUUCAUACAUGGAGGCUGUUCUAGAAAAGCUAAGUUAUAUGCUCAUUGGACGACACGACAUUGAGAAUCUUUUGCGUAGUGAUCCAGCCAGUGCUUGCUUGCCUACAUCACUAGGUCAGCGGAAGGUUGAAAAGGCUAGUUCUGAUGCUGAAGCUAUAGAAAUCGAAACAGAAAUGAGUGAUCUACUACUAAAUCUGAGACCAAUCAAGCAGGAACAUCUGAUUCGUGAUGAUAACAAACUUACACUUUUGGCAUCCCUUAGUGACUCAUUGGAGUAUGUUGCUGACUCUAUUCAAAGGCUUGCAAAAACUUGUGCAAAGGCAUCAUCUAACCUGGUAGAAGGAAAUAUCAACCAGAAGGCUCCACAUCAUUCUCGAACGGCAAGUUCCUUUCCAAAGGAUCUGGUAUCAUUUUCUGAAGAAUACAGAAAGUUGGCAGUUGAUUGCCUAAAGGUUUUACGCGUAGAGAUGCAAUUGGAAACUAUUUUCCAUAUGCAGGAAAUGACAAGUAGGGAAUACAUUGAAGAUCAAGAUGCAGAAGAGCCUGAUGAUUUCAUUAUUUCAUUGACUUCAAAGAUAACACGCAGGGAUGAAGAAAUGUCUCCUUUUAUUGCUGAUGCAAAGCGAAAUUACAUCUUUGGUGGCAUAUGCGGUGUUGCUGCCAAUGCAUCUGUCAAGGCACUGGCUGAUAUGAAGUACAUCAAUCUUUUCGGCGUUCAGCAGGUUUGUCGAAAUUCAAUCGCACUAGAACAGGCUUUAGCUGCUAUUGCACCUAUCGAUAGUGAAGAAGUUCAUUUAAAGUUAGAUCGAGUGAGGACUUACUAUGAGCUGCUAAACACACCAUUUGAAGCCUUGCUUCCGUUCAUUACUGAGCAUGAGAACACGUUUACAGCUCAAGAGUAUAUUAAUCUGGUGAAGGUCCAAGUCCCGGGGAGGGAGAUUCCUAUAGAUGGGCAAGACCGUUUGAAGGAAAUUUUGUCUUCGUAGGUUUCUUGGUUGUUGAAAUUUGCGAAUGUAUAUCAAAUAUUCAUUCUUCUUAUUCGGCUGUAUAGAAGAAACCUCUUGAGUGUCUCAAACUAAUUGUGGAUUUUAGGCCAUAUUGUAUUGAGUGGAGCUUCAACUUUGAAGGUUUGGUUAUAUAAACCAUUUGGUUGGUAAUGGUCAUAUUCAUUCAUUUAUGUGGUUUGGAAGAGAAAGAGAAGCAGUGUAAAAUUAAGUGCAGGUUUUAUUUUUAUUUUUUAUGCAUAGUUUGGUAUUGGUUCGAGUGUUUGUUUGUUUGUAAAGAAUUCAUUUGAACAAUCAGAUUUAUUAGAACAUCA